AAAGUUAUCAGUGCGUUCCACUGGAAUGCUGCUGUAACUGCACAGCCCUCGCUUUUUCGCAUUUGAAUGUAUACGCGUUCCUUCGAUUGACCGACACAUUUGGUCCUCAUACUUGGCGCCUUCCUCAGUCUGAUUGCAGCAUUAUUUCGUUUGCGUUCAAGAACCCGUUUUCUUUUCAGCUCGUAUGAUACCUGAUUGAUCGGUUUUGGUGAGAAAAGUGCAUUUUGUAUGGUUAUUCACACAAUGGUACUGUUGUUUCUACAACUGGUCACUCUUUCCUGGCGAAUUUGAGUCCGGUCUUUCCGCCAAUGCAGAUCAAAAAAUUAAUAGAGCAACGAGACCGCUGCACAUCUGUAAGUACGAAGUCAGACUUAACACUUGAAAUCGCCUUUCACUACACUGAGGCAGGGGAUCACAGCUCUGCCCUAAAAGAAUACCAGAAGAACCUGGAUCUAUGGAGGUCGAAAGAUGAUAGGAUCCAAUGCGCAGUUGGCCAUCGUUUGAUUGCUGAUUGUUGCAUUGAGUUAGGCGAAUUCGAUCAGGCAAUCAAGCACACAAACGAGUACUUGAAAUUGUCUGUGGAAACGAACAAUAAGUUGGAGCAGCAGCGUGCCUUCGUUACCUUAGGACGCUGUUUUUUAAAUCGUGCGGAACAUUUGAAAGAUGGCGCCGAUGUUUUAAAAGCCCACAAGUCCGCCUCACAAGCCUUUCUGAAUAGUAUCAAACUUAUUGGUGAGUUGGACUCCGGGUUAAGCGCGGAGCAGUUAGGAGAGAUGAGGGCUGUCUCUCUGUUAAACUUAGGCCAAGUACUUCGAUCCAUAGGCGACCACCGCUCUUCAAAUGAACGAUUCUUGCAAUGCAUAUCUUUGGCCAGAAAAUAUCAUCUUCCGAAGUUACUAUUUCGUGCCAGUUAUCAAGUUACCGAUUUAAUCUUGUGCACCUAUCGUGAUAAAUACUGUGGACCGUGUUCCAAGUCAUCGCUUCUAGAACAAAGGAAAAGCUCUUCCCUCCGUCAUGCCUUGGAUAUCGUGGGUCUGGCUCUGCGUUCCCCAAUUUCCAAGACCUGCUCGGACAGUGAAUCCAAAGAGUUACUCAAAACUUUGAAAGAAACUUAUGCUGCCAUCCAUUUGUCUUUAGGAAAUUUCCGCAAGGCGUCAAAGGUUUAUCGACUCCUUAAGUUGCACUCACCCUCCUCUUCAAAUACUUGUCGAAUGAUGAUUAAGAAAAGUAUGCUUCUCUCCAAAGAGUUACAAUCUCUUCCUGAUCACGUUCCGGAAUCUGUUGACGAGCACUUGCUAGCAGCUCGAAAGCACGAGCACUUGGGAGAUAUAUUCUCUCAGUUGGAAUUGAAUGGGCUUGCCUUGAAUCAUUAUCAGUUUAUGCUGACGCACGCCGAAAGCGCCUACCAUCUAGGUGUCUCCACGAAUUCAACGGAUACUUCGACUCUGACAAAAUUGAUGGAUGCUGCUCUUGUCUCUGUCGCUGAAACAUUCCGUGCUCUGAACGACUAUAGCCAAUGCGUGCAAACAUACAAGCGGGAGAUCCAAUGGGUAACUUCCACCGGACUACCCACUACGGAGUUGGCCAGCAGCUGGUUUAGCAUGGCACAGGCGCAACGCCUCUGCUUUCCCUCUGGCGGCUCAUCGAUCGCCCCGUCGUCUUCACUAACGGGAUCUGAUGCUGUAUUGGAAAUGCUCAAGCAUGCUUUACAAGCCUCAAAGCAGUCGGAUACUCCUCGCUUGACGCUGGAAAUUCUGACCGAAUUGGAGGAUUACUAUAUCUGCCAUGAUCAACCAGAGGAGGCUGCUUUCGUUCGUAGGGAAAUCGCCGAAUAUAAGCAAUCAAGACGCCCCCACCCAGAAGAGGAGACCGAAGGAGAAGACGAAGAAGAAGAAGAUCAAAGUGCGGGGAAGGACACGGUUGAUGAAUCUGACCCGGACGAAGAUGUAGUCACUCAAUACAUUGAUUCUCUUUCAUCGGAUUCCGAAAUAGAUCGCUGUAUUGGUCAUGCCGAAUCGAUAGAUGAAUUUCGGAGUGGAAAACGCGGAGAUCGUAAAGGAAAGGCCUUGUGUUUAAAGACGAAUAUGAAAGGAGAAACCCCUCUUCAUGUGGCGUCUAUCAACGGGGAUUUGGAUCAUGUGGUCAAGUUGAUCGAGAUACUAGGCCAUCCUGUUAACGUGGCUGACGGUGCGGGUUGGUUGCCCAUUCAUGAAGCCGCUUUUCACGAUCGCACUGAGGUUGCGAUCUACCUGCUUGACCGAGGUGCGCGUCUGGAUGACACUGGCUGUCCGUCUGAUGUGUCUACUCCUCUCUUCGAAGCUAUCCACAACGGCUCACUGGCAACUGCGCUUGUGUUGGUGAAACGUGGUGCAAAUUUAUGGCACAGAAACAAACAGGGAGAAUGCCUACCGGAGUUAUUGGAUAUGUGGCAACCCAAACGACGUUCCGCCAUGAGUUUCAAUGAUCAGCGUUUGUUAUUUGAUGAACUAUUAACCGCUAUCCGUAGUCGUCUCGGAGCCAAUCAACAUCCGGUACCAGAUAAAGUCAACCUCAUUACAUCAUCGCGUUUCUUCAAGUCCCUCCUGGAGAGUACACGCAAUUCGCAAGUCGUCGAUUUGCAACACUUAGCUCUGGGUGAGGACGAUUGCGGUAUUGUUUUGGACCAAUUAUUUCUGCACGGUGUUCGCACUGUGUCACGGCUUAAUUUACAAGGGAACGGUAUCACGCUUAGCACGCCCGAAUGCCGAUCAUCCCUGAUUAGCGCUAUUACCCGCAUGGCCACACGUCUGACUGCCUUAGAUCUGAGCUCGAAUGCUAUCACAAUGCGAGGGCUGCUUCAGUUCUUGAAUGAACUCACCAGCGAUCUGAAUCCCGGUGAAAUUCUCUCCCCUUCGUCCCCACUUCCACGGCUCCAAAUUCUUUCAUUGGCGCACAAUCCGUUCAUCGGCGCUGGGGGUAUGAAAUCGGACACUGAGGAACUUGUGGAGGAUGUUGCUUUUAUUUCCUUGAUUGGCCGUUUGAUCACCUAUUUCCCGAAAUUGUCACAUCUGAAUUUAACCGGUUGUUGGUUGGGGUUAUCGCCUGCCCCACGCACCAGCUCAGUCUUGACUUCUGCUUGUUCCGUUUCGCACUUAUCGGAGCUGAAUCUCGACUGGAACCCGCAUCUUUCCACCGAGGACAUCUCAACUCUUCUGGAGUCUAGCGCUCUGGCUGGACUACGUUCACUCACCUUGAGGGGCUGUUCUAUGCCAGAGACAGAACAUGGGUAUCCCACAACGCUACCUUUGAGCCCCACGCAAGUGGCUAGUUUCCGUUGGACCACUCCUUUGCCGAAACGAUCUGCCCCCACCUUCCCGCGGUCUGUCCCAUCUCGCGGUGACCGGCUACUGAAUGCGUUGUCCACUCUCAUGUCCAAAGGCCACUUCCACCUACAGACACUCGAUUUGGGCAACUGUCAGCUCAGUCAUCAUUGUUUGGACGGCCUACGAUGCUUGUUUGGAACUCUUGGGACGUCGCUAACUACGGUGCAGUUGGAUCGAAAUCCAGGAUUGGCAGAAUGUGAUCCCGUUGCGAGCAACGUUUGGUGUGAAGUGCUUCGAGCUACCGCCCUCUCGGCCUCUGCCUUAGUCUCGCUUUCAAUCGACUUACCUGCGGUGAGACUACAUCGUCGCUGAUUUCCGUCUGUUUUUCGCCGAGGUAGCCAAAUGUACUUGUUUUCCCCGGGAUCGAUAGUUCCUGUUCACUGAUUUUGACCCUGUGACUUGAACUUGGGUGACGCAUACCUGACAAACUCCAUUGUUGAGGUCCUCAUUAAUUGGUAUUUUCACUUGUCUUCUUUUGAUUCUG